GCAAUCAGUGCACGUAUGUGGAGUGUAUCAGGCGGGCAGGCGGGCAGGCGGGCAGGCGGGCAGGUCGCAUCCGAGCGAUCGCUAACUCGCUCCAGUGGAGGCGGCGAGGGAAGCGAGGGAAACGGGUCAGUGUGCGCGGCAACUGGGUCAGGGCGGAUGCACCACCGCGGCCGCGCUCGGCCUCGCUCGGCGGUGUUCGGCUCGCUCCGGCGGCGCAUGCGUGCGGCCCCCAUCGAUCGCCGCCCACGCGGCGCAGCGCCGCUCAAGUGCUCCGCGAGUCGCGACGCGAGUCCCGGGCUUGGCCCUCAACGAUGGCGGCGUGAGCGCGCGCCGCCCGCGGCCUCCGGCGGACAUGCCGCGAUGGCCAGAGAGGAGGUCAGAGGAAAGAGGCCUUUCAAGAUAUGGGACAGUUCAAGGAACGUGAGGAAGGGACUGGUGGUCACUAGCUUCGAGGAGUUAAUUCACAGAGGCAAGGAGAAGUUAUCGGUAGCGGCGAGCGAGCCGGUGCGGCUGGUGCUAGAGAGUGACGGCACGCAGGUCGAGGACGGCGAGUACUGGCGCACCCUCCCACCCAACACCGUGCUGCUGCUGUUGCGGCCUGGAGAGCGAUGGUACCCCACGGGAGUCGACGUCAUCAAGGCUGCAAUAUCGGCGAUACCAAAGAUAGUAUGCGAAACUAUUCACGCACUCGAGUUGCACGAUGAAACGCCUUCAUGGAAGAUCAUGGACAACAAGGGGCGCGUCACGGUGGUGCUGCACUGGGACCAGCGGCCGCAGGCGUCGCCGGCCGCGCGCUCUCCCUCGCGCCAGCCCAAGCCCGACCGACGACCUUCGCUCGUCAUCCAGACAUCACUAGACAGGCCGCAGCCUGCGCCGCCACACAUUACUGUCGUGAACCACGACGAGCCGGGCCCGGCGCCGCGCCGUCUAUCGCGAGCACCCGGCUCGCUCGAGCAGCCAGGAGGCGUGCACGUGCACACAGCCGACUGCCGUGCCACCGCCUCGCCCGCACCGCUCGCGCGUCCACCGCCCGACGAGUGCGACUUCCACUGCUGCGCGUUGCACGAGGAAGGUCGUCGGAUCGCCGUGCACAAGAGUGUCGCCACCUCGCCCAUCCAGGACGCGCAGCCGCGCGCUUCGCCACAAGGUCGACCGAAAGGUCACGUGCGCUUUCUCGACGCGGAGUCAGCACGACGCGGCGACCGAGACUCUUCCGAGAGCGAAACAGAAAACACCCUCGUCGAGGACGAGGCUGUCACCUCCGAGAAAUUUCUCCUUCUAAUCGACCAGCUGAGCGUCGAUCAGAAACGGCACCUCACCAUCAAAGAUAUAGGCAUCAUCCUCGAGCGACUAAGCUCCAAAAUCUUAGACGUGGAGCGCCUGGACCGAGAGUCGGAGUCAGACGACUGCUACAACUGGACGAUCAAAGCAACAAUCAGAGGCGAUGCAUUACGGGAACUAGGCGUUAUCUACAAUGGAAACUACUAUGCGAUCAGCGAGCACCCAGGGUACCGGGAGGAGAACGAGGAGGCCGGAGACGAGGGUGAAGAGGAAGAGGAGGAAGAUAGGCUCUGAUCGGGCCUGUGCGGCGCCGCCGUGCCCGCCGCCGCCGCCGCCGUGCGCACCGCGCUGUGCCGCAUCGCCGCGCGCUGACCGGCCGGCCCGCCGCACUCCCGCUACACACCGCAGCCGAGCGCUACAACGCGUGAAAGCAAUAUUCGUUACUAAGGUUUCGUCGUAGAUCCGGGCGAAACGACAGGAUCGGCCCGCGCAUGAAGACUCGGACGCAGUCCCAGUCGAGCCGCGGGCGCAGCAGUACGAGGGCAGCGCGCGCCGUCUGGCGGCCGCGGCGCGUCGCCAGCCGCAGCGCUCACGACGGAUCUCCCGCCGAAGUGAAUAUUUAGAGACUUAUAUAUGAAAUUUGUCGCGGCCCUGCUUCGCGCCAUGACCCGGUCGUGUCACCUGGCGGUGCAGGGUCGUACCCUAGUUAAUAAAUAGCGAAAUUAUUGUAAGUAAAACUGACUUCCUAUCGAUUACUAAGGUGAUUACUUAAGUGUAAGCCGGUCGUGUGUCGAGGGCCGCCGCCUCGCUCGCAUAGCGUACUGUGUAUUAUAUAUGCAUCACCGGAACACAACAUCAGCACAAAUGUCUAUCAUCGAGGUUAUUGUCAAUGUUUUAGGUAAUAAAUAAUAAAUUGAAGGUGCGCGCCCGUCGCCACCGCUCCCCGUUCGUACCACGUUUGUUUCGUCCGCCGCACGGCUCUGCAGCGAGGUACUGUUCAUGUCGGUCGCGGUGUCCGUGCGGCUACUACACAUACUUCAUUCAAAGUUGGCCUAAUCUUGGGGAAUAAGUUUCUGUAUAAACUCAUCAUCAUCAUCGAUGCAUCCAGUAGUCGACAAAGUCUAAAUAUAAACACCAGAGUGUGAGACUCAAUAACAAUAAAAUGAUAGAGUUGUAGCGUAUGAAGGAGCGGCUCGAGACCGCUGCACGUCACACACGCACGGAGGGAACGAACUUGCUCAUGUAUUCAGUAAACGUAUGUAUCGUACCGAGGAGUCGUGGCAGACACUAUCGCCUGCGGACACACUGGGGACUACUAGGUUGCAGGUGACGACACGCCGGCCGCGCAGGCCGCGACAUCGGGCGCGUGCGUCGGCGGCUCGCCUCAGAGCGAUAGUACCAAAGAGAAUGACGAUGUUUCAGAGAGAAUUCAUUACAUGAAUAGAUUUAUAUAAAAUUAUUAUAAUUAAUAAAAUUGAAUGUUAAAAAUAAAAUGGUUGUAUCUAAAAUACGAAUAUACCUACCGUCAUGCGUCAGUCAUCUUGCUACAUGGGUAUUGGUAGUCGGUAAGUUGAUUCUUGUAUUUAUUAGCUAUAUGGUAUCGUAGUAUUACUGUAUAAUGUUUUUAAUUUUUGUAUAGUACGGAGAUCGUGGUGGUCACGCAUUAAUGUAUAAUAUAAACAAACAAUGUGGUUUCAUAAGUUUUACAGCCGGGAGGCUUUCAUAUUGUAUAGUUAUUUAAGGUGUAAUAUUAACGAUUAUUAUUGGAUAUUAUUGAAGGAGUACGUGGAUACACUUGUUUGUGAUGAGGUACCGUGUCGUGUUUGUUUCGCGUGACCUAUGUUACAUGUUGGCGGGAUCGCGGAUGCGCGAGCUUUUUGGAACGUCUAGGAAACGAAUCUCAGUCGCGUGGAAUAUAAAUGAACAAACUGUGAUUACUAACUGCAUUUACAUAAAUGCCAACGUCGAUUUAGCUAAUAGAAGUGUCAUCGUGUCCCAAAUCGCUCGUGGGCCCACUGUCCGACAUAUACUUGUAUAUUAUUUGUCAUCGUAUUUCUGAACGGUCUUUAAACAUUCCGUUUGAGAUUCAUUCCUAAAUUAACUAUUUGUCAACGAUCAAUAUAUUUAUAUAUUCGAUAAUAUAUAUUAUGAACCUAUUUUCGUGAACCGAAAAUAUAAAAUUUGAUGUUUUGAUACAUUAUUGGAUAGAAUUUGAUUUUAAAGUUUGAUAUUGUGACUUGUCCUAAAGUUACUUAAUUUUCAAUUUACUAUCGCUAUUAAAGUUUAGGGGAAGCUGUAAGUUUCGUUAAAAAGUUUUCAUAAAAUAAGUGGCCGGGUUUGAAGUGGAAAUGACUCCGAUGUUCUCGUGUCUAUGUUUCUGGCGCACCAGCGCUCCGUGCGCGCUGCGCGACACGAGUCACGUUCUGCAACGCUGUGCGCGUCCUCCCCGUCACGCUGCACGCAGCGAGCGUGCACGUCUAAUGUCAUACAUUGUGACGUCACGCGAGCCCGAUACUGUGACGUCGAGGACGGUCGCAUGGCAUCUCUUGAAGUUUUAUAUGGUAAUACUGAGAGUUAGGUCUUCAAUGUUAUAUGACUGCGAUUAUUCUUACGUUGUGUCUGUCUGAAGAUGACUGUUGAUUAAUGAAUUGUUUCAAGACAGACAACGCGCUGGUAUGUAAAUUGUAAGCUUUGAGUAAGUAUAACAAAAGUCACAAACCUCAGUCAGUGGUAACAACAGCACAGUGACGUCACCCAGCGCGUGGUCUGCCUGGAGCACUGCAAUACUAUGUACAUGCGCAUGUGUGCGUGCUACUUUACGUUCACUUCUACAUUUGUUUGUACAGCUAAUGGUGAGUCUAUGGAGUUACGAUCCGUUACGCACAUGAUAUUAUAUCUAGUUAAAAUGUUCCGUUUUAAUAUUUUUAUGUGUAUAGGAGUAAUGAUAAAUUGUAAAAAUUGGUUUGUGACGCGUAUGACCCGCGGUUGUAAUUGGGGAGGCGGAGAGUAAGCAAUGCAAGCUGUGCCGACACACACAGACAGACGUUACAUCGGAAUGUAUCGAAGGUGAGGUUCACACGAGACAGGCGACGUUUGAGCAAUAGUUGCAUUGCUUAAGUCUUCGGUUGUUGUGUACAAUGGUAUUGUUGCAUUGUCCAUUCAACAGUGGCAUAUAAAUCAUAAUAAUUUAAUUACUAUCAGUUUGUGUUGCUAAUUUAUUAACAUAACACUACAUAACCUAAACAUUUGCAAUAAAGAUAGUAUUACGUUGACUUGCAUCAUUGUACAUCUCGCGAACGUCUACAAUAGUGGUGCCGGAGUGAUGGAGUGUACGGCCGACAGAUACUCGAUAGUAAUUGAAUUAUAGAGUUCCAUGCCAGUAGAGCACUAGUUGCCUCGUGGUGUGGGUAAUAGUUCCAUGACUGAAAUAAUAUUAAGUGUAUCAUCUCUAACUGUUGGACUGCAUGUAACGACAUUGUAGCUGGGGACUGAGCAGGGCGACCUUAGCAAAUAACUAUUUCAUAUUGUAGAACAAAUAAAUUAAUUGGAAAUAUCCUUCGACGCAAGGAAGUGUGAAUGUUGCUAUAUUGUGCUGUGGGAGCUAACAAUUAUCUGUGAAACAAACGAACGCCCGCUCGUCCUCGGAAACCUUCCCAAGUUGUAUUACUUUCGGAAUAUACAUACCUAAAUAAUGAUUAGAUAACUAAUGAUAUAUAAACGAUAACAGAAUUUUCGAAAAACACUUUCGUUUUCGAACCUCGUUUUUUAUAGGCAAAUAAAUAGUGACGUCAUUGUUUUUUAAGUGAGAUUUUAAGAUGGAUAUUGAUUUGUAGCAUUUCCUUGUAAGCCAAUAAACACGGACAUUAAGAAUUAUAAAAUUGAUCUUUUAGGAUCAUUGUAGUGGACGCCAUAGGUAAUGGUGUUACAAAAUUGUACUAUUUAACGUGAAAUCUUUAAAUAUUAUUCCUCGCAUAUUGAACCUGUGAAAUCCAAAUGUGGAAUUGAUGUACCUAUAGCAGUGAACGCUUUGGUCCGUCUUCUGGGUUCUACGAGCAUCUGUUACAACUCAGUAAACAGCUUAACUCGCAGUGAGCAGUAUCGUGCGAACACAAAUACGUAAACUAUCCAAUGUUACUUAUUCGUACACUACAUACCAUUAGGGGACUCGUUGUAAACUUACGUGCCAAAUCUCUUACGUUACGAGUUACGAACCAUUGUCCAACUCCGUGACUUCGGCGUCAGCUUGUCGAAUCCAACGUCAACCACCUUUGACUCGACUUAAGACUAGUGAAUAUGUUAACGUAACUUAUACAAUGGCGCUGCAUUAGACACUGUGACGUCGGACGUACGCUGUAGUUUUAUAUAAAAUGUCGAAUACAUGAAGUAGCAAGCUUCGGUGACGGGCUUCUAAGGCCUAGUCCCGGAGCCAUAAGAAUUGUUGUAACAAUGUGCCAACUUAUGAGUUAAUGUAAUAUUAGUUAAGUUAGAUAUGGCACGUAAAAACCUUUGCAAACACAGUUGGAACUGUAUUUUGAAGUGUGUAGCCUACACGAUAAGAAAUAGAUUUCUUAAAAAUAUAUUAAUCUGUAAGCAAUAGCCAAGGUUUUGGACAAUUCAAUCAGCACACACAAAAGACUUAUACUAUUGUAAUACUUAUCACACACAUUGUUAUACACUAAAGUAAAACAUACUUCAAAAUAAAGUUUCUCACUCCAGAAUCGAAGCACGUAAUGGCAUCGAUCACUCGUACAUAUGUAACCCGAGAACAUUUAUUUUUGUAUUCACUCGACGAACGUGAGACAGAUACUGGCUUCUGUUAAACACUCAAUAAUUACCCAAAAACUUCACUGCCACUAAUUUAAAAAUAAAAAUAUUGGAAACGAA